GUUACUGUGCAGCACUUACGGCGGGGAACUGAGUAAGGGUGGGGGAAAGUUUGAAAGUUGGUUGCUGCGGACCCGGUAUGGCUAGCAAGAAACUGAGACGAGUGGGUUUGUCACAAGAUCUUUGUGACCGUCUGAGCAGACACCAGAUUGUCACCUGUAAGGACUUUUUACGUCUCUCCCCACUGGAGCUUAUGAAGGUGGCUGGUCUCAGUUAUCCAGGGGUCCAUGAACUCUUGCGUGUGGUGAGCAGGGCCUGUGCCCCACAGAUGCAAACGGCUUACGGGAUGAAGACACAAAGGUCUAGUGAUCUCUUGCCACCAUUCUUGUCUACUACACUCUCUGCUUUGGAUGAAGCCCUGCAUGGUGGUGUGGCCUGUGGGUCCCUCACAGAGAUUACAGGUCCUCCAGGUUGUGGGAAAACUCAGUUCUGUAUUAUGAUGAGUGUUUUGGCUACAUUACCCACCAACAUGGGAGGUCUAGAAGGAGCUGUUGCCUACAUUGACACAGAGUCUGCAUUUAGUGCUGAAAGACUGGUCGAGAUAGCAGAAUCUCGUUUUCCCAGAUAUUUUAACACUGAGGAAAAAUUACUUUUGACAAGUAGUAAAGUUCAUCUUUAUCGGGAACUCACCUGUGAUGAAGUGCUACGAAGGAUUGAGUCUUUGGAAGAAGAAAUCAUUUCAAAGGGAGUUAAACUUGUGAUUAUUGACUCUGUUGCGUCUGUGGUCAGAAAGGAGUUUGAUACACAACUUCAAGGCAAUCUGAAAGAAAGAAACAAGUUCCUGGCAAGAGAAGCAGCUUUAUUGAAGUAUUUGGCUGAGGAAUUUUCAAUUCCAGUUAUCUUGACGAAUCAGAUUACAACCCAUCUGAGCAGAGCCCUCACUUCUCAGGCAGACCUGGUGUCUCCAGCUGAUGAUUUGUCCCUGUCUGAAGGUGCUUCUGGAUCCAGCUGUGUGACGGCUGCAUUAGGAAACACAUGGAGUCACAGUGUGAACACCAGGCUGAUUCUCCAGUACCUUGAUUCAGAGAGAAGACAGAUUCUCAUUGCCAAGUCCCCUCUGGCUCCUUUCACCUCAUUUUUCUACACCAUCAAGGAGGAAGGCCUGGUUCUUCAAGUGCUGCCCAUUGCCGGUGGUAAUUGCUACUAUGGUCCUGAUAGAAGCUACUUCAGGACAGCAAAAGGCCAACAUGAAUUGGCCAAUGAUAUUUGUCCUGAUGAGAUCCAAGAAAUUGGCAGUUGCAGCAAGAGUUUGACAGAUUGA